AUGUUCUGCAUUGGUGGCGCUAUCCUGUUGGCCAUGCUCGUUCUGAUGGCCGUCGUCAUCUGUCUUUACUACAAAGUAGCCAACGCACUGAACCUCCAGUGCUGUGACGAAUGUAACUUGUAUCCCGGCUUCGAUGCCCUGCCUCCGUGCUGCUGUAAUGUAAACGAGGGUCUCUGA